UCGUGAUGCUUUACCGUCUGUAAAGGGUAGCAUGAGAUAUGAAGAGGAAGGAGAUGUUGUAGCUAUUAGUAGUAUCAAUGUAUAUUCAUCUUGUACCCGGGAGCCAUGUUACAACAAAAAGUUAAGUGACAAUAAAUGCCCAAAAUGUAACACACAGUAUGAUAGUAAAAAUGACCAUAAGUCUGUUGUAUUUACUGUUGCUGUAGAGCAAAAGUAAAAAAAUAGGCAUUUUAAAAUUGGAAACAGUUUAAAUAAAUAAAAUAAGUUGUAGCAAUUAACGAUUAAGCAUUAAAUGUUUUACAAAUCUUUUACAGUGUCUUGCAGCAGUAUGAGAGAGAAUUUAAAAAGAUCAGAAAUGGAGUCAGAUUUGGCGACACAAAGCCCAAACAGUGACUCGGAAGAGGACAGCAGGCGACCCAAACGCCGAAAACAGCUUCCUGCACGACUGUACUCGUCAUCUGAGGAUGAGCCAGAGGUGCCAAUAUCCCCAUCAUCCCCGUGUCAGAAUAACAUGUGCAGCAUUCCACAGAGGCCAUCCCCAUUGAAGGCUGGCUGCUUUGAAACAAGUCUGGCUAGGUCCCACUCCCAGUAACCUGUUCCUGCCACUGUACAUACAAGUACAACGCCUGCCAGGAGUACGAGUACCCCUUCUGUGAGAGACUGCGCGUCAGCUACCAGUACCAGUGUUACCGGGACUCCACGUUCUGAAGUGGCCCGGGAUAUCAGAAUGUUUACACUAAUGGAAGCCAUGUCCAGACGUCAGGUUGAGCUCCUGGAAACCAUGAACCAGGUGCUGGGCAUUGUUUCGAAGAUGGCCACGGUGGGGGGUGUAAGGUCGUCAGAGAAACCCGAAAACCUCAACUUACCUGCAUCCACCAGCGAGGAGCUAGAGGCCCUUGAGGCGGAACUAGAGGAGGGAGAAUGUUUUAAUGGCUUGGUUUCGUAUCUAUCAGUGCAAGGCGGGGUCUCUAAGGCAGACAUGGUGAGGCGGGUAAUGAGGCAAUGCUUGACAAACCAGUUGGCAGUCGAGUUCAACUGGUUUGGAAAGAAGGGCAAAAGAGCCUUUGGAAAACUCAAGCUGGCCCAGGCAGUGACAAAAGCAGUUAUGAAGUGCAAGAAGUGCACAGCAGUCGAGGUGGAACUUGGUUGCAGAGAAUGGUUUAGGAUUGCGAGUGACAGGGACGGGGGCGUAAGAAGCGCAAAAGACCAUCAUCCAUGGGUGAAAGUUUUCAGGAUUAAUCCUGAUUUGACACAUAGAAAAUUCCAUAUUUUCCUUAUUUUUUUUUUGAAACUGCUUGUCUAAAUGCUGUUUAUGAUU